GGAGGCGCGGCAGUUCAACACAGAAAGUGACUGAAACAACAGCUGUCGUCUUGGGUCUGAUUCAUAUCAAUACAUAUAUCACGCACAAACAUGGUGUCAGAAGUGGCUGGACGGCGCUGUGCUUCGCUGCGGGGCCAGUGAAAGACGGUGAGGAGAGACAGACGGACAGAAGGCAAAGACGAGCGAAACGGCGGUUAGCGGCCUGCUAGGCUAACGACACCACCCGCCAUGGCAACGAAUAUACCACCGCCGGAGGAGAUGAAGAUGAGCGGCGACCUGGCGAGCAAUUGGGACAAUUUCAGAGGGGAAUUUGAAGACUAUCUACUGGCAACGGGAUUAUCAGAGAAAGAGCAACCAGUGCAAGCAGCAACCCUACGGAGAGUAAUGGGUAAUGAAUGUCGUCACAUUUACAAGCAUAACUUGGGUCUCACGGUGGACCAAGGGAAGGAUGUUAAAGUUAUUCUUGAUGCUUUAGAGGAGUACUUCAAACCAGCUAGAAACGUCAUAUUUGAGAGAUUUGUUUUUGGAACCUGCAAGCAAGAUGAAGGGGAGCCCAUUGAUGUGUUUGUAACGAAACUGAGGGAGAAAGCUGCUUCGUGCGAGUAUGGACAACUCAAAGAGGACUUGAUCAGAGACAGACUGGUGCUGGGUGUGAUUGAUGAAAGUGUGCGCCGCCGGCUGCUCAGACAAAAAGAUCUCACACUGGCAUCGGCCAUAGACAUAUGCAGAACGGCGGAGAUGACAGACACGAGGAUACAAGCAAUCACGCAGGACAGGCCUCCGGAGACAGUGCACAAAAUGGAUGGCCCACGGCCACGUUCCCCGCCCAGGCAGGAGCGUCCGGACGGAAUCCGAAAUCAGACACCUAACACAUAUGACAGCGCUAUGUGCAGAUUCUGCGGCAUCACGCACAGGCGUGGGCGUGAUUUUUGCCCAGCCUUUGGGAAGAACUGUAGGAGCUGUGGGACCGCAAAUCAUUUUGCCAAGGUUUGCAUGAAGAGGGGCCAAGCCACAAGACAGCUGCACGCGGCAGACGGUGAAGUUCCCGAGGACAUGGACAGGUCUGACAUGGGAGCCCACAUUUACACAAUGGAGAGCAUAGGGGCAGUUCAGGGGCGAGGGAAGAAAUGGUUUGUUAACUUGAAAAUGCAUGGUGGGUUUCAGAGGUGCCAGAUAGAUUCGGGGGCCACAUGUGAUGUCAUGAGCAUAAAAGACAUGAGAAGACUUGACCCUGGGGCAAAGCUACUACCUAGCCAGACCAGGCUAGUAUUGUAUUCAGGCCAAUCCAUGCAAUCCGCGGGCAUAUUCCACACAAAGUGCGUAGUGAGGGGUAGAGUACACAGACUGCGGUUCGAAAUAGUGAGAAGUGGGCAGAGACCUCUGUUGUCAGGCGAAACGAGUGUGCGGCUAGGAUUGGUGCAUUUCACCAUCCCAGAAGAACUUCUUAUGGUGAGACACAGCAGCUCAGGGCCAUUAACCAGACAGCAGCUUGUACUGACGUACGCAGAUGUUUUCAACGAUCCAGUUGAGUCACUCCCAGGGGAUGUUCACUUUGUGCUAGAUAGUAAUGUACCCCCGGUGCAGGCUUCCCCACGCAACGUCCCGGUGGCCUUCAGGGAGGCAGUCAAGGCCCAGUUAGAUAGGUAUGAGGCUGAUGGCCACCUGACGUCAGUGUCUGAGCCUACUGAGUGGAUUAGCAACAUGGUGAUUGUCAGGCAGGCAGAAAAGUUGAGAAUUUGCAUAGAUCCCAAGUCAUUGAAUCAGGCUCUAAAGAGGUCCCACUACAUUAUGCCGACACUUGAAGAUGUGUUGCACAAGCUGCCCAGGGCCCGCAUCUUUACACUAGUAGAUGCAAGAGAUGCCUUCCUACAGUGCAGAUUAGACGAGGAGAGCAGUUAUACCACCACGUUCUGGACGCCGUGGGGCAGGAAGCGGUGGUUAAAGCUGCCGUUUGGAGUGUCUGUGGCCCCUGAGAUUUACCAGCGAAAGCAGCAUGAGCUACUGGCAGGGUUAGACGGGGUGGAACCUAUAGCGGACGACAUUUUGAUUGUGGGGUGUGGGGGGACAGAUGAGAUAGCCACACGGGACCAUGGUGCAAAGCUGUUAGCGCUCAUGCAAAGAUGCAGGGAGGUAAAGCUGAGACUGAGUUUAAAGAAACUAGUGUUCAGGGUCAGAGAGGUCAACUUUCACGGACACAUCCUAUCAGCGGAGGGCCUUAGAGCAGACCCGGAGAAAAUCAGAGCGGUCCGGGACAUGCCACACCCCGUGGACGCCAAGGCCGUGCAGCGAUUCAUUGGGUUUGUGACCUACCUCGCAAGGUUCAUGCCACGCCUAUCUGAGGUGUGUGAGCCACUACGGAGAUUGUUGGACAAAGAUGUCCCAUGGCAUUGGCUGCCAAAACACGACGCAGCGGUCGAGGAGAUUAAGCGACUCGUCACGUCCGCCCCGAUCCUGCGAUACUACGAUGUGACCAAGCCAGUCACCAUACAGAGUGACGCGAGUCAGAAGGGACUUGGCUGUUGCCUGCUGCAGGAGAAUCAGCCGGUAAGCUUUGCUUCGCGGGCACUUACUCAGACGGAGCAGAACUAUGCACAAAUCGAAAAGGAAUGUCUGAGCAUAGUGUUCGCGUGUCAGCGAUUUCAUUACUAUUUGUAUGGGCGGGGGGAGAUCACAGCUGAAACCGACCACAAGCCACUCAUCUCCAUUUUCACCAAGCCACUCCUCUCAGCGCCCAAACGACUCCAGAGCAUGCUGCUCACACUACAGGGAUACAAUCUGAAGGUGGUGUACAAGCCAGGGCCCGACAUGCACCUCAGUGACACCUUGAGUAGGGCCACGGCUUCGCCGCAGGGGCCUGGCUCGAGAUAUUCGAAACAGACUGUUUGCUGCAUGCAGGAAGCACAAGUGGACGCUGAACAGAUAAAUCAGGCUGAGCAUCUGAACGUCACCAACCAACGGCUGAGGCAGAUAAAAUUGCACACAGUGAGUGAUGGGAGUCUUCAGCUGUUGCAGGAGGUGGUGCUCCGUGGUUGGCCGGAUCGCCGGGAGGACACUCCACUGGCAAUCAGAGAGUACUGGUCCAUCAGGGACGAGAUCAGCGCACAGGAUGGAGUGCUUUUCAAGAGUCAGCGAGUUAUAGUGCCCAAAUCAUUGCGUGCUGAAAUGUUGAAACGCAUCCAUGCCAGCCAUGUGGGAGGAGAUGCCUGUUACAGACAGGCCAGAGACACGCUAUACUGGCCCAACAUGCACGGUGAGAUCGUGGACUAUGUGAGCCAGUGCUCAGCCUGCAACGAAUACGCACACGGACAGCAGCGGGAGACGAUGAUGUCCCAUGCACUCCCUACUCGACCAUGGCAGAUCCUCAGCAUGGAUCUGUUCACGCAGGCUGGCAAGGACUUUCUGAUCAUGGUUGAUCAUUAUUCGGAUUUCUGGGAAGUAGAGUUGCUCCCAGAUCUUUCAACUGAGACCACGGUGCUGAGGUGCAAGGCCCAGUUUGCACGGCACGGUCAGCCUGAUCGGGUAAUUACAGACUGUGGUGCCCAGUUCGACUGCGAAGCGUUCAGGAGGUUUGCGAGAGACUGGGACUUUGACCAUGUCAAAUCCUCUCCCAGGUACCCAAGGUCGAAUGGGAAGGCUGAGUCGGCCGUGAAGAUUGUCAAGAGCCUGUGCAGGAGGGCAGCAAGGGCGGGGACCGACCCUUGGCUGGCCAUCUUGCAGUGGAGGAACACGCCUACGGAAGGCAUGCUGAGCAGCCCCGCGCAGAGGUUGAUGUCUCGCAGACUGAGGACGCCACUCCCGCCUCAGAAUGGAUCGCCUCCACAUACACCUGUGCCAGGGCGCAGGACGGCCAGUGGCAGGAUUAUAAGAGCGCCGAAGAGACUGGACUUGUGAGCUGUGUGGGUACUGAGGGGCCUCGCGGUCAAUUGGGUUGUUGUUGAAUGUGGAAACAAACAAAAAAAAGAAGAAAAAAAAAGAAGGGGUUAUAUGUUGUACACUGCUCUUUGAAAUGUGAGUUACAUGUACACUGUUCUUUGAAAUGUGAGUUAGGAGUUGUGGAAGUGUUCGCUGAUACGUAAAGACAAGUGGGGGGGGAAAUGUUGUGGGAAUUUAUCUUCGAUCUGCAUGUAUAAGUUGCCAUCUAUGGAAGGUGAGAUGUUAGGGAUGUCAGGCUGUGUUGUGUGACGUCAUGAGGGGAGGCGCGGCAGUUCAAUACAGAAAGUGACUGAAACAA